UCUAUUUUAAAAUUAAAUUUCCGUCCUAGCGUUCUGGCCGCGCUUUUUCACAACAAUUUAGAGCAAUUGAAGGCAUUUUUCGUUAAUUUAGUGUUAAGAAGUUGCACCUAAGAAACAGUCGUCCUUCGAUAAAAUAUGGCCAGCCAGAGUCAAGGGAUCCAGCAGCUGCUCGUAGCUGAGAAAAGGGCCGCGGAAAAAGUUGCAGAAGCCAGAAAACGCAAAACUAGAAGAAUAAAACAAGCUAGAGAUGAAGCGGCGGCAGAUAUCGAAGUAUACAGAAAAGAACGUGACAGACAGUUUCGCGAAUAUGAAGCAAAAUACAUGGGCUCUAAAGAAGACGCGGCUGCAAAAAUUGAGAAAGACACUGAACAACACAUGACUAAGUUGGAUGAGAGUUGUGUAACCAAUAAGGAAGCGGUCAUUCUGGAUUUAAUCAGUUUGGUCGUAGAUGUUGAGCCAGAAGUACAUCGCAACUACUUUAUUAUGAAAUCAUUUAACAAGAUAUAAUUGUUAAUUCCCAGCAGUAUUAUUCCAUAUAUGUUGCUAAUUAAAUACUCACCCGUGUUAAAUUAAAUAACACCCGUGUGUUGUCUUUAUAAUAUUCGAUAUUGUAAUGAAUGUUGUAUAAUAUUUACCAUUAUAUUUUGUUAUCGGUAUAUUCAGUACAUUGUAGUAUAUUUUUUUUGUUUCAUAUAUGACCACUAUAAAAUUUUAAUUAGCCUAUUAUAGAAUGUUGUUAACUACG